AGCCCCAAUCAUCAAGAACAUUCCUUCUCAAUUUCAAAUUCAAAAUCUCUAAAGUUUCUUUAGAAAAAAAAUGUCAGGCAGAGGUAAAGGAGGCAAAGGAUUGGGCAAAGGAGGAGCCAAGAGGCACAGGAAAGUGUUAAGGGACAAUAUUCAGGGAAUUACGAAGCCAGCAAUUCGUAGACUUGCUCGUAGAGGUGGUGUGAAGCGUAUUUCCGGAUUGAUUUACGAAGAGACUCGUGGGGUUCUUAAGAUCUUUUUGGAGAAUGUGAUUCGUGAUGCUGUGACUUACACAGAGCAUGCUAGGAGAAAGACCGUUACUGCUAUGGAUGUUGUUUAUGCGCUUAAGAGGCAAGGAAGAACUCUUUAUGGAUUUGGGGGUUCUCAUAUAGACUCUCCGCCUCUCACGCGGAUCGACUCUCACAUCCGUCCGAUCAUUCACCUUCAUCUCCAACACACCAACGGCCAUGAUUUAAACCCCCAAACAAACCAUCAGCUAUAUAUAACUACCAAGCCUCACACCCCUUUCAUCAAAUACCAAAUCAAGAACAUUUCUUCUCGAAUUCUCCAAAAUUUCUUCUUAAAAAUGUCAGGCAGAGGUAAAGGAGGCAAAGGAUUAGGCAAAGGAGGAGCCAAGAGGCACAGGAAGGUAUUGAGGGACAAUAUUCAGGGAAUUACGAAGCCAGCUAUUCGUAGACUCGCUCGUAGAGGUGGUGUGAAGCGUAUUUCCGGAUUGAUUUACGAAGAGACUCGUGGGGUUCUUAAGAUCUUUUUGGAGAAUGUGAUUCGUGAUGCUGUGACUUACACAGAGCAUGCUAGGAGAAAGACUGUUACUGCUAUGGAUGUUGUUUAUGCGCUGAAGAGGCAAGGAAGGACCCUUUACGGAUUUGGGGGUUAGGGUUUGUAGAUUUUUAUUUUUUUCGUUUGCCUGUUCCGUUUUAGGAUUGUUAGUUUUAUUUUGAGCUUGAUGGUGUAAUUCUCUGUUACUAAUUCAAGGAAAAGAAAUUUGCUUUGUCUUCA